AUGUACAGAGACAAGCAGACUAUGGAUUUCAAUGAAUACGUGACAGUAAUCAUAAACCAAUGUAUAAUAUUUGGCGCAACGAAUAUCAAACGGGUGUCAAAUGACACACAAUUCAAGUCAUUGGGCGACAAGAGGUUCACCAUCGGAUGCGACCUACUGAUGACUGACCUGCGGGUGAACGUGAACUUUGACGCCAAACUUGGUUUCCCGAAGUAUCGACUGCACCCACAGCUCAAGACCUGCUGUGUGUCCAUCAAUUCAUUCGUGUUUAACAUUGAGUUCAUACUGAAUAUCAAACAGCAGUCCAUUCGCGUGAAUCGGGUCUCACUGGUGAACAAAGACCGGAUCCGAUGCGUGUCCACGGGUUUCAUAUGGCCUAUCAAUAAGACCGUCGAGACACUGAUCCGCAAGAAUGUCGAGCUCUUUAUCACCGAUAAUCAGUCGGAACUGGAGUUUAGGGCCAAACAGGCGAUCAAUGAGCUGUUUUCGCCCACAUUUGCCGAACUCUUUGAUGAUAACUCUCUGGUCGUCGACAAGAACUUCAAGUCUAUUAUACAGCGACUGAAGUGCUGAUCACAUAUUGAAUGCAAUAUUAUUUUUAUUAAUUUUUUAAAUAGUUUUUUAAUUAACUCAUUAUGUAUUCGAGA